GUGUUCAUCAAACAUAGCAUGAUGAGUGAGAAAUAAAAACCUUAGAAUAUGGGGUCUUUGUACUAAUAUUUUCUUUUUUGCUCUCUAUUUUCUUAGGUUGAAACUUCGAGCAUCGACGAUGGCAUCGGUUGCUGAUACCAUGAGGAUGAACAACAAAAGGAAUAAAAAUAAUCUUUCAAAAAUUACUUACAUGACAGAGAGCGAGUCUGAAAGCCUCGAAGAUGGUUAUAAAUGGCGCAAGUACGGCAAAAAAUCACUCAAAAAGAGCCCUUUCCCAAGGAGCUACUAUCGUUGCACUGCAAUUGGUUGCAAUGCAAAGAAGAGAGUGGAUCGGUACAUGGAUGAUCCCACCCAUGUACUAAUCACCUAUGUAGGUUUGCAUGCUCAUGAUUUGCCACCAAUCCUUCCACCUCCAUCAAGAUCUUUCAACCUCUACAAUAACUCCACCGUAAGCCCCAAACUUGGUAAAGGAAGCGGUGUACAAAAACCUAUACUUUCAGAUGCAAGUGCAGGUGCAAGGGAAAGAAUGUAUGCCAACAACACUAUUACUAGUGUUAAUGUUAGAACUGGCAAUGAUAGUUGUGUUAAUGACGUUGGCCCGAUUGAGGAUAUUGGUACCGGACUGCUUGAGGAUAUUAAUUUGUCAUCAAUAGCACCUCAUUAUCAACAUCAUCAACCAACAUUCUAUAGUUGA